CGCGAGUCGCGAGAUAGUGAACAAUCGGCGAGACCAGAAACACACAAACUUAUGAACACACAGCUGCGGCGUUAUAUUAGAUAGCCGAGAAAAUAUAUCCGUUUGACAAAGCUGCGAAAAGCACAGCGCUCGGAAUCGUCGAAGAGAACAUGCCGCGGAGAAAGAGAACAGCUGCAGGCAGUAGUUCAGACGGGACCGCUGAUUCAGAUGACUCUGGGGAUCACGAGAAGACCGACAGCUCUCAUAGUGAAGCCAAUCAGCGCAAUAACACCCGUCUGACCCGAGCAUCACUGCGCCUGAGCCUGAGCUCUCAAGAUGCUCCGCCGGAUGUGAAACAAGCAGCUGAGAGAGACGAGUCUCCCCCCAGGACACCCACAGGAAACGCCCCCUCAUCCGAAUCGGACAUCGACAUAUCCAGCCCCAAUGCAUCCCACGAUGAGAGCGUGACUAAAGACCAGAAAGACUCUGGCAGCGAUCCCUCUCAUCGUCCAAAACGCCGCCGCUUUCACGAGAGCUACAACUUCAAUAUGAAGUGCCCCACACCUGGGUGCAAUUCUCUGGGACAUUUAACGGGAAAACACGAGCGACAUUUCUCCAUAUCAGGAUGCCCUCUCUACCAUAACCUCUCGGCAGAUGAGUGCAAGGUGAAAGCAAUCGAGCGUGAGAAACAAGAGGAAGAGCGCAGUCAGGGCCAGAACGAGGAGAACAGACACGCUACUCGACAUCAGGCACCAACUCAAAGACAAGUUCGGUAUAAAGAGAAGGUCAUGGAGAUGAGGAAGCGGAGGGAUUCUGGCCUGACGAAAGACCAAAAAGAAAAGUACAUGGAGCACAGACAGACACAUGGAACCACUCGUGAACCACUGCUGGAGAACAUCACCAGCGAUUAUGAUCUGGAGCUCUUCAGAAAAGCUCAGGCCCGCGCAGCUGAGGAUCUGGAGAAACUGCGACUGCAGGGUCAGAUCACAGAGGGCAGUAAUAUGAUCAAGACCAUCCUGUUUGGCCGUUAUGAGCUGGACACGUGGUACCAUUCUCCCUACCCUGAGGAAUAUGCCCGUCUGGGGCGUCUGUACAUCUGUGAGUUCUGCCUCAAGUAUAUGAAGAGUCAGACCAUUCUGCGCAGACACAUGGCUAAAUGUGUGUGGAAGCACCCUCCAGGUGAUGAAGUCUACAGAAAAGGUGCCAUCUCUGUGUUUGAGGUUGAUGGAAAAAAGAACAAGAUCUAUUGCCAGAACCUCUGUUUGCUGGCCAAGCUGUUUCUGGACCAUAAAACACUGUACUACGAUGUGGAGCCUUUCCUGUUUUAUGUCAUGACCGAAGCUGAUAACACGGGCUGUCACCUCGUAGGAUAUUUCUCAAAGGAGAAGAACUCAUUCCUGAAUUACAACGUGUCUUGUAUCCUGACUAUGCCACAGUACAUGAGGCAGGGCUACGGCAAGAUGCUGAUUGAUUUCAGUUACCUCCUGUCAAAGGUUGAGGAGAAGGUGGGUUCUCCUGAGCGCCCUCUCUCAGAUUUGGGCCUCAUCAGUUAUCGCAGCUACUGGAAGGAAGUGCUGCUACGGUACAUGUACAACUUUAAGGGCAAAGAGAUCUCCAUCAAGGAGAUCAGUCAAGAGACGGCAGUGAAUCCUGUGGAUAUUGUCAGUACUCUGCAGUCACUUCAAAUGCUCAAGUACUGGAAAGGGAAGCAUCUGGUCUUGAAGCGACAGGACCUGAUUGACGAGUGGAAGGCUAAAGAGACCAAAAGGGGCAGCAACAACAAGACCAUAGACCCCAGCUCUCUAAAAUGGACCCCUCCCAAAGGAACCUAAUGGACUUACACGCUACGUUUCGUACUGCCGUUGUUUUUUUUUGUUUUUGUUUUUUUUAAUGACUCCAUCAACAGUGUCUUUUGCAAUGGCUCCAGACGUCUCUUUAUAUGUGCCCUUUGUAUCUCUGGAAUCUCUCACUUUUGUUUAUACAGUGCUAUUUAUUUUUUGAAAUCGUUUCAUUCAUAUUUUUCUCCGGCCAAAGUAUUGUCUAUGCCCUAGCGUAUAUUUUAAAAAGUUUUUUUAAAGCAAAAAAUAGUUUCUCAACAGUAGAAUAUAGUGAAAAAUGAGGCCUUACCAAAAAAAAAAAAAAUAGAUUUACAUUUGGAAGUUUGUAUCUUUUGUGGUGAAAGAUUUGUGAAUGAAUGUUUUCAUUUAAAUCAGAACUGGGAUAAAAACUCAUGUUUGAUACGUACUUUUUAUUACAUCACAUUUGAUACCUGAAGCAAGACAUUUACUUGCUUAAUGCUCAUAAAUAAUGUCCUCAUGAAUUAUUACGUUGGUGUUAAGAGUGGAGAAUAAUUGUGUAUUGAUUCACAGAGACUGGUGAAGUCUAAUAGAGCGCCGGAUACUGUCAUCAGUAGUACUGCAGUCUGUCCCAUUCCUCUUGCGCAUCUGCUGUUUGAAAAACAUGAUUUCACAUUUAUAAACUGCUGGUUUUUCAUCAUUUUUGCAUAAAUACAGUUCUGACACAGUU